AUGCUUUUGUGCAUGUUAGCUUUUUGUGCUUUUUUAAGGCAAUGGGGUUCAAAAGCAGAAACAGAUGUGAACAUCCACUUGAAGUUUACGCAGGGUCUUUUGUCCUGUUUGGGGUAAUUCUUCUAGAUGAUCCAUGUGAAAGCCAUCAAUAUAUAUAUAAAACCCUUAAACUGUUGAAAAGAUCUCCAGAGACCAAGACAGUAUUUCUUGUCAAACCUAGAGAGAUGGGAGGUCUUUAAAAGGAUUGCAUGUCAGCUGAAACAGAUUGAACUCCCUCAGUCUCAGUUUGAACUCACUGAAAGGAGGAGGAGCACAUGAAGCAGUGCAUCGAAGAACACGCCACAUGACAAAGUGUCAAAUUUACUUAACAACAAAUUCCUUUCUGUGGAGUGGAAGUGGAUAUAUAUAAAAGAUUUCUUUGCUUCAAUGUGUGUGACAGAGGAAGUUGGUGUUUUCCAUCAUCAAACACUUACCAGAUGACCAUCCUUGUGUCAAACCUGAGUCACAGCAAAGCUAAGUUGCAGGUGAAGUGUCUGUGUAUGCUUAUAUUCCUGAGCUUCCCGCUGGUAAUGGCUGAGGUGCCUGGUCCAUGCAGACACUCAAUCACUAGGGAGCACCUGCUGACAGUCAAGCAGUUGAUGGAUAACCAGUUGAGCAGUGGUUGCUCAAUAACCUACACAUUCAUAGAGAGGAGAAGUUUGAGCAAAUGUUGUUUUGUGAAGGCUGCCUUGCCCUGGAUCUUGGAGCUGCUAACAACCAACUUCAAAUAUAAACGGGGUUCUGUAAACGAUGGCUAUGUUCAGUCUCUAAGAGCUCUCAUCCUCAACAUUUAUUCUCAAAAAUGUGUGCCACAGAUUAACGAAGAAGUUGAGAGUAAGCCAGAGAGCUUUGAGGUUCUCCACAGAGGGUCUCCUUCAGAAGCACUGCAGAAAGCUUCAGAGGUGUUGGCCGUAUACUGGGAACUGGUAACGACCAGUGACUCACCUGUUGACUGGAGAUGUGAACAGGAAUACACAGAAAGUUUUGGAUCUACCACAGACCCACCCUUUGAGUCAUCCUCACAUUAUUUUACAGAGAGUUACAGUAGGAACUUUGUCAAAGCCUCACACAGACGACCAGUCAGAGAUUUUUUCAAGCUUGGCUUCAUCGUUGCAUCAAUCUCUGGAGGGCUACUAUUCAUUAUAAUGAUCUACUGUCUCAUCAUACACAAGGUAAGAGCAAAUACGCAUUCUGUAAUGUCAAAACUUGCAAGGUUUGGCUUUAGUUUCCAGCAAUACUGUUGUACCAGUCAUGACAAAACAAUGUGGUGUUGUAUGCUAGCAUGGAUGUGCUGUUUUGCAAAAGUAUUGGCAUAUCUAAAAAAGCUAAUUUUCUGUUUAUUUUCCCUCCAAAACAUUUUUAUUCAAAAAAUUUAUUUUCAACUCCCCUCAAAAACCAUUUUUUCUUUGGUUAUUAGUUGUCAGACAGUGUGUGAAAUGUAUUGUCCGCAUUUUAACCAUUCGGGGGAUGGGUGAGCUGCAGACACAGCUGCGCUCAGGAACCAUUCGUUGGUUUAACCCACAAUCCAACCCCCUGUAUCGACUUACACGACAACCGUUUCGGCUCCGAUGCGACCGACAGUCUUUACGUAACUUGAAAUUGCUACCAGCUGAAUAGUGAGCGCCUGCAUGGAGAAAUGGCAUCGGCUGACUCAGAAGUGGCUCAAAAAUAUUCUAAUAAUCGCAGAUGACAAUUAUCAUCCUGAGCAGGUGUUUUUUGCUUUGUUUUUUUUUUUUUAAACAAAGCAUGAUCAAAAGUGUUUUUGAUUAGAAUGAAUCGGUUUCAGACAUUCUUCAUUCUUCAGGGAUGAGACCGGGACAGGGAGUUCUCCAUCUUCAGUUCAGAGUUUUGCAAGCUUGGCAGCAGAGCCUCUGUGAGUCAUCUGCUGUAGCUGGAUCGCUCCUGCAUCGCACCUGAGCCGUGUGAGCCUGGGGUUAAUGUUGAGCGUCAAGCCGGAAGAUACAUAGUCCCAUUUUUUAGUCUUUGGUAUGACUCAGUCAGGGUUUAAAUUCGCUGCCUUCCACUCUCAGGGCGGACACUCUACCACAAGGCCACUGUAGAUCUGAAUUCCAGGGGUCUUAUUGUAUAUACAUACAUUAGUACUGAGCAACAGUUCAGUCCUGGUUUCUCCAAUGCUUAUGCCAAAUUGUCUUUUAUGUCUUUAUAAGUGAAAACAAAAAUGAACUCCAUAUAGGUGAAUUCCAGAGUAAAUGAGCCAGAAAAACGAGCAAAAAAAUUAAAAACAUUUCUUAACUUACAGUCAGGGCUUCAGGAUUUAUUGGAUAAUUUUACACUCCAAUGCUUCAGUGUCUUUAAGCAAUACAUAAAAAAAUUCUAAAAUAAUUAUAGUUAUUGAAGUGUUUGGGAACAUAUAAGCCUUUAUGGAGCAGCUUUGGAGCGACAACUGAUAACCAGCUCUUGAGCUGAGCUGGCUUUUUAUUAUUCCCUGUAGAAAAAUGUAUAGUUGGGACUUGACCCCCAUAUAUGAUUUUUACUGGACUAUGAAGAUUUUGACAGUCUCUGUGGUUAGAAUUCCACUUUAAGUUUUUUUUCUGUUUUUUUAUUACAUUACGAGCAGGAACGCAAUCAGAAAGCAAACAAAACUAUACAGUUAAAUAGGGAUAUAAAGCUUCAGGUAGAGUGUUACAGCCCACUCAUAAACUUGCAGUGUGUGACAUAAAUUUUAAAAGCUUUUCACUCUUGUGUUUUCAUGUCAGUUUCUGCCAGAACUUUGUGGCUUAACUAAUCUACCUUAUUUUAAACUUAAUGUGCAUCAUUCUCCUUUAACACAAGAAGUGCUGAAGUUUGAAAGAUGUUUGUAAGCUAAUGGAUUAAUCUCAUAUGUUGGAGGAAAUGAGCCAAAUAUUUCAAGCUUUCAUUACCUCCAAAAGUUGUUAUUUCAGAGUUUUUUCCCACUUCUUUGUCUCCUGGCAGCUAAAUUCUGUUUUUAGUUAUUUUUAAUUACAUCCAUGCAUUCGACAUUUUCUCUCCUAAUGAGUCAAGCAUAGUUUCAGACAUUUGACUUAAAUUAGCCUCAUACACAUUUAUUUUCGUUAAACUCACCUUUAGAUAGGUGUUGCUAUAAUUAAAGAAUUUUAGAUGCAUUUCAUAGCUAUAUACGAGUGUGUGAUUUUCCCUCUUUUCAGGUCCUUCUUGCUGUUUUUGAUAUUAAUUGCCCAGAAUAUAUUUUGUGCCAGUGGUGUUUAUAAAAGGCCAGCCAAGCAGCUGAACAGCUUUCAUUUAUCUCGUGUAGACCACAGCGGUUUAGGGAGGGGUUGUAAAUCUUCUUAGAAAUCCACAAACAUACCAAGAGCCAUUACAAAUUUUAGGAGAAAAACAACAACAGCUCCUAAACAAAGUGAUGGAUAAUUUAAAAUAAAAGUUU